UGCUCUCAAACAUCAUGGGAGACAGGCCAAAAAAUUUGGCCGCGGUGGCUUUUCAUGUGACAUAUCGUAUCUCUCUAGAGCGCAUCCGAGAGUUGCUGCGUUUGUUACCAUAGCGUAUGAACUGGAAUCUCAAAAGUCUGUAGUUUUUACUGCAAAGCAAAGACCUACCAUGCUAAUCAGAACGCUUCUCGAAGUCUUCUCGAAGCGCCGUAGCCUCUACACCAUGUACGCUACGUAGUAAGGCGUAUGUUGGACCAAAACCCGGAGUCAGGUGCUCGUGCGCAACCUAAGCGGGGAGUAGCCGGGACCAGUGUAAAGAUUUUGAAGGCCAAUCUCCGCCCUUCCAGCGUUGAAGCUUGCUGAACUAGUGCAAGUUCUGGCCUGUGUGUUGCUGGAGCAUACUCCACUCCAGUCAAUGCCUAAAGGCCGGGGAUAAGAGGCUGCUAUACGAGCAGAAAACGGCUUCAAGUCUAGUGCACUUGCUAACCGACACAACUUCCAAACAAGACAGAGGAUGCUCAACAGACAAUUCUGAAACAAAAUAUCUUGAUUUGUUGGGACAGUGUCCAAGCAAACAGAUUCGCUUCUCAGCAUGGAUGUCUUAUGUGAGCUAGUUCUAGCGACCUUAACAUAGUAAGUGCUAUCGUACAUGUAAGCCCUUGAUUCGUCCGAGUCUUAAAUGCAUCAAUUUGGAUUAUCGAGUCUCUCACGUACCAACUGGUUCAGUGAAUACUACGCCUCCAGGCUAUCCCUCGAACUGCACCUUGGGUUUAAUUGGGCUGUGCAUACAGCUUGAGUCGUAUAUUCUCGAAGCUGUAUCUUCCGUUGACCCCUGACCAUAGAUCACUUCACCAUCACCGUGCCACAGUCUCAUCUCAAAAAGCGUACUUUUCUAGAAGUCGAACUUGUAAUCAUACAGCAAUAUUGGUAAGCACUGUACGCAGUCUUGCCUGAUGCUCACUCAUCGUUGCUGCUCCCUGGUACUGGGUUUCGGGCUGUAAAUUGAUUAUUGGGGCACAGUAGGCAUCUUGCUGGCCUUCAAACAUAGUGUCUGAAAACCAUCCAAUCAACGGAUUUAUCUUCCGGACAUCGGUCAUAUUCCCCACACCAAGAACGCAACUUUGUGGCGGGCUGCAAUAUAGCUCUCGUCAAGGCGAAAUGCAGCUAGCACACUGUUGUUGCGCCAUCUAUUUAUGUGUAAUUGCUGUAUUUAAGCAAAACAUCAUUCAUUCAUGCGUCUUGUAUACAUCAGUAGCAUCAACAAUUCUGCACAGACAGUCCCCAACUUCAUACACGAUCUAAUGGAUACCACACAACUGGCAUGUAUCGUUCAUUCAAUACUUCUUGUUCGGUUCAUCAAUCCGUACUUGAGAUCAUCUGAAAAGUCUUUUGAAUGCACGUUAGUUGACUUGCCUCCAUAUAACCUCUCAAUGUGGAACGCUUGCGUGUAUGCUCAAAAUCUGCCUUCUCAUGCAUGA